CAACCAACCAACCACACACAGUCAGACAGACAGCAAAGCUAAAGAGGAGCUAGCCGCAAGCAAUUUAUUUCAUUCAACGAGCAUAACUAUCUUGGGAGAUUAUAUUUAUACUGGAUUUAAUAAGGUCUAAUAAUAACAAAGUGCAUUUUAACAUCUACGUUGCACGUUUUUGUAUCUUUCUUCGUAUGACUACCUAACAGUUAGCUUAGCUUGCUAGCAAGCUGCAAGUGUGGUAACGUUAGUUUGAGAAGAAGCUAGUUAGCGGGUUACACAGGUGCUAGCUAACCAGCUGCCAGAAUGAAUGUCGCAAAAAGUGGUUAUCGGGUCUUUUCUGCCAAUUCUACUGCAGCAUGUACAGAACUAGCCAAGAAGAUAACUGAACGACUAGGAGUUGAAUUGGGCAAAUCGGUGGUCUAUCAAGAGUCCAAUAGAGAGACCAGAGUAGAAGUGAAGGAAUCUGUUCGCGGCCAAACUAUCUUCAUCAUCCAGACCAUACCCAGAGAUGUCAACACGGCCAUCAUGGAGCUGCUGGUCAUGGCCUACGCCCUUAAGACCUCCUGUGCAAAGAACAUAAUUGGGGUCAUUCCCUAUUUCCCCUACAGCAAGCAGUGCAAGAUGAGAAAAAGGGGUUCCAUAGUGUGCAAGCUGCUGGCUUCCAUGCUAGCCAAAGCAGGUUUAACUCACAUCAUCACCAUGGACUUACAUCAGAAGGAGAUUCAGGGCUUCUUCAGUUUUCCAGUGGACAACCUGCGUGCCUCCCCCUUCCUGCUUCAGUACAUCCAGGAGGAGGUCCCAGAUUACAGAAACGCCAUUAUUGUUGCAAAGUCACCGUCUGCUGCUAAGAGAGCUCAGUCCUAUGCAGAGCGACUGCGUUUGGGCCUGGCAGUGAUGCAUGGCGAGGCUCAGUGUUCAGAGUCUGACAUGGCGGACGGACGACACUCUCCCCCCUGUGUCCGUAACACCUCAGGACACCCUGGGCUGGAGUUGCCUUCUGGCAGCAAACAACAAGCUCCGUUCCCAGGCAUAGAGCUCCCAAUAAUGAUGGCCAAGGAGAAGCCCCCGAUCACUGUUGUAGGAGAUGUGGGAGGAAGAAUCGCCAUCAUUGUUGAUGACAUCAUCGACGACGUGGAGGACUUUGUGGCAGCAGCUGAGAUUCUGAAGGAGAGAGGAGCUUAUAAGAUCUACAUCAUGGCUACACAUGGGCUGCUGUCUGCCGAUGCCCCCCGUCUUAUUGAGGAGUCCGCCAUCGACGAGGUGGUGGUGACUAACACCGUCCCUCACGAGGUACAGAAGCUCCAGUGUCCCAAGAUCAAGACAGUGGACGUCAGUAUGAUCCUGGCCGAGGCCAUCCGCCGCAUCCACAACGGGGAGUCCAUGGCCUACCUGUUCCGCAACAUCACGGUAGAUGACUAAGGCCAGAGACAGGGUUGAGUUUGUGCUAGAAAUGCAUACUGUCCCUGUUGUCUGCACCUUCACACACAGCCUAGUUCCGAUGACUAGGACGAGGGGGAGUACCGUCAUCAUAUCCCCUCUUACAAACUAAUAAAAUGCAUUUUCAUCAGCUUUUAGUGCCCGAAACAUAACAUGGAGUUGCUCAAUAAAAGCGAUAAAAGAAACAAAAAGUUGAGCAAUACUAAAAGGUUGAUUUAACGUGCAUAUUUGUUGUCAGGUCAUUUUUUUUUUUUUGCCUUACUAUGCUAAGGUCUGGCAAAACCAGCAAUGCAUGAAUUACUGUACCUCACCUCCAUGGUAGUUUUGAUGUAUUUUUUAAUUCCUCCAUGCUUCAAGAUAUGAAGGGAUUUGUUAUUUUGUUGGUUCACUGUUCACUGUUUUUCCCACCUGAGUAAAAGGUGUAGGGUGAGUGUUAUGAUGAAAACUAGCUUUCCUUGUCUAGCCCAGGGGUGGGAAAAAUAUAUAUUAUUUUGGGUCAAAAACUCCAGGCCACUCUUGAACGUCUGAUGCUAGAUAAAAAGUAUGUAGAUAUUAUAAUAGACUGAUAUUAUUGUUUUCAAACAGACCUUUUUCUGGCCCACAAAUUGCUUUUGAAAAAAAUCUGUGCGGCCUUCUGAUAAAUGUUGAAAUCCCGAUGUGGCCCUCGAGCCAAAAUGAUUGCUCACCCCUGGUCUAGCCACUGUCAACAUAUCUAAUGAUGGCUUUUUCUUCAGUUCUCCGUUAUGAAGGAGGUUGACCCUAUUUCACUCUUUAAGUAUCUUCCCAAUAACAUCACUUAUUGGUUGAAUCAUUUCCCCCCACACCCCUGGCCCUCCAGGCCUACCGAGCACUGUGACUGCUUUGCAUUUAGAUGCAGGUGUGUUAAUGCAAAACCUACUGAGAACAAAGCUAAAGGAACCCUAGUACAGCAGCUCCCAACCAGUUCUGUGUGACACCUAAGCCUUGUGUAUUCAGGCUGACUCACCAAAUACAUCUAAUAAGACCACAUGUAUUGUCUACCACCACACAUUAGGCCACAGAUUAGGACAUUUUGACCCACCAUGUUUGAAUCCCAAACACUGUCCUAGUCAUUGUUUACUGUAUUGGUCUAGUCAGUCAACUGUUCUCUGUGUAACUAACAAAUGUCAUGAUGAUCUGAAUGGAUUUAACCUUUUAUAUUAAAGGGGGAUAUGACAUCCUGACUCUGAAGUAGACUUUCCUAUAUAGUCUUGUUGCUUCUCAUUGGCAUUCAGAAAGACUGACAAUAUAUGCAUUAUGUGUCCAUGCUGAGGUCAUGGUUUUGAAUAUAGAAAUUGUAAUCGUGACCCUUUACCAUUUAGUGUCCCCUAUGAAAAGAUGUGGACUAAUAGUCAAACUGAUGUUCAAGGGAAGUCGUGUCUGAACCCUCUGUUGGAGCUUUAAGCUCAGGGAGAUAUGUUUCUGAGGCAAAUGCAUAAUGUAUGUGAAGAAAACCCGCUCUUAAUGCUUGUGCCUAUGUCUCUGGUACAGCAAAGUCUGCAAAUGUAAAUGUGUUGCAUUCCGUUCGGCAGAACUUUCUCUUUACCUUUCUUUGUUACUUUUGUUGUUGACAUUCGUUCCUUUGUUAUCCUGUAGGAUGUGCUAAUUGUAAACCGCUAACUAUACCUGUGUGUGGUACAGACAUGAGGAAAGGUCCUUCUUGGAGAGAAAUAGCUGUUGCUAUGCCAACUCAUAUCCAUGUCUUCCGAAAGCACAUUGAUUUGUUACUUCACUCUCAUUGUCUGAUCUUGAUGUAGCCUAUUUUAUGAGUUUAUGAUUUAAUCAAAUAAUUGGUGUCUGCAUCCAAUUUUUUGUAAGUUAAAAUAAACAUUUGGCUUCA